CUGAAAGAAGAAGAAGAAGAAGACGAAGAAGAAGAAGUCCUGUUUGACAUGCAAUCGACAAAAGGUCUGCCGAUAAAUGUGCAGCGAUAUGUUGGUGGCUGGUGGUAGUGUAACGUUAAUGUCCAGGUGUGUUGGUCUCAUAUUGGUUAAAUGUGCUGUUACUCUGCCAUCAUUUCGUGGUGCUGGAUAUAGAGGGAUAGAUGUAUCUGCCGGGUGCCUCAGACUGAUCCAGAGCCGAGCUCGCAGCAGCCCGCCGUACGUUACUACAGGCAAGCUGGUGCAGAAUGGGAUGGAUAAGAAAGUAGUGAUUUGCAUUGAGGGGAACAUUGCCAGUGGGAAAACGACAUGUCUGGAGUAUUUUGAAAAAACUAGCAAUGUAAAGGUCCUUACAGAGCCAAUUUCUAAAUGGAGGAAUGUCCGUGGACACAACCCUCUGGCUCUGAUGUACCAAGAUCCUGAGCGCUGGGGCAUCACACUGCAGACAUACGUUCAACUCACCAUGCUGGAUACACACCUCUCAGCCAUGACAGCCCCUGUCAGGAUGAUUGAGAGGUCCAUCUUCAGUGCCAAGUACAUCUUUGUGGAGAAUCUCUUCAGAAGGUAUCUGUGGUUUGAGAAACUUCCACUCCUGGAUCAGACCAAAACAUUGUAUGAAUCAAUGCAUAUAGAAUAUAAUUUCAGGUUACCUCUCAUGCUUGAGGGAUUCUGUUGCUGAACAGUUCAAGCUUUAUGUCUAUAUAAUACCAGGGGUGUAACAAUAUGUGUAUUGGUAUUGAACUGUUUGGUACGGGACGUUCAGUUCUACAUGCGACAUCCCCUCAGUACGCCCUUUGACCCAAACAGCUGUUUGUGUCUACUUCUUGCACACACCAAACAGAAAUUCUGGAGUGCUAGUUUUCCGUGGAAAGUCUUGACAGCACACCACUUGCUGUCAACUGUAGCAGCGCUGCAGCAUGCUAGUUGGUUACACCCGGUAAGCUGGGUUAACCAAGCUCAAACUGUAUGUGGACCACACUCGAUCGUAGACAAUACAGAUUUAAAGCAUACGCGUGGUUAAUGUGCUUGAGGUCCGCUACAAUGUGAGUUCACAUUUGCAUUUAGUCAGUCCAUUGUACUCGUUUACGUGAAAUAUAUGUGGGACGGGGACUGACAGGAACAAUUUCUCUGCACAAGAGAGCUCCCUAUACUACGACUGCAGAGGACAUUU